AUGACUAAAACUAAAUCAUUCAUCUUGAUUUUCUUUCUUUGUGCACAAAUUCUAUUUGUUAUUACAAUUGAAUCGUCUAAAGAUGGAAAUCAAUAUGGCGCAAUAGAAGAAUCUAAAAGAAAAAUUGGGAUGGGUGGUUGGGGAGGCUGGAAAGUCAUGGGAAGAAGAAAAAAUGAUAAUGGAGGAGAGAAAGAAGAUGGAAAGGGCGAAGAAGUGCACGAAGAAGGUGAAAAAGACGGCGAAAGUGGAAGAGAUGAAGAAAGUGAAAAAGACAAUGAAAAUGAACAAAGUCCUGGGGGUGCAGGAAGUUGGGGUUGGGGAGGUAACAUUAAAAAUGGAUAUGGACAAAGUGGUGGGCGUCCGGGAAGUUGGGGUUGGGGAGGUUUAUUUGACAGUAAAUAUUGA